AUGGGUCCAUACCUAAAGCUCGGAAGAAAGAACAUAAUUGACUUGGAGGCGGAGCGAAUUUCAAGUAUUCUUGUUGUUGAGGAGUAUAGCAACAAUGAAACGGAUGAUAUUAUUCAUGUGGAUGGUGAAAAUGGCAGCGACUCUUAUGCAAGUCAGGAUGAGACUUGCACGGUAGAUUCAAAACUUUUGAAUUUAAUGGUCAGGUCCCACAAGAAGAUAAAGAAACCAUUUUCUACACAAGUUGGAGGCCUAAGGAGUCUCCCUUUUGUGGAAGUAGAUUGCAAGAAUGCAAUAUAUAACAAUCAGAAAAAAAAAUCAAAAUUGGUAGGUGGGGAUGCAGAAGGUUUGAUGGAGUUCUUUUCUACUAAGAGUGCGAUGAACGCAUUAUUUGCAUACAAGAUACAAGUUGAUGAAAACGGGUGCUUAACCAAUGCGAUAUGGCUUGAUGCAAAGUUAAGGAUUGCUUAUAAGUACUUUGGGGAUGUUAUUAUAUUUGAUACAACAUAUAAAACCAAUGCCUAUGGGAUGCCAGUUCUAGGAGUAAACCACUAUACAAAGACUCUAUUCUUCGGAUGUGCUUUGCUCCAUAGAGAGGGCCAGGAGUUUCUUACAUGGCUGUUCACAAAGUGGCUCGAGGUGAUGAAUGGACGUCAGCCCAAGAUAAUUAUCACAGAUCGAGACAGGGAAAUGGCCCUUGCAAUGGUAUUCUCAGAAUCCCGACAUCAGUUAUAUAGAUGGCAUAUUACAAAAAAGAUUGAGCAGAAAGUGGUGGAAGUUGAGCACAAACAUUCAUCAUUCCAUGGGGAUUUAUACAAAUGUAUUGACCAUUGCACCACCAUCAUGGAAUUUGAAGACGAGUGGUGA